AUGGCCUCCCUGGCCCCCCGGUUGGGCUUAGCGCGGCUUAGCCUGGGGACAGCGCAGGCCUGUGGUUGGCGGGCUACGCAUCACACCUCCCCCCCAUAUGAGCGAAGUGGGCCGCCAUUGGGUACCGGCAGGGCUGUAAGCGAACUUUCACUGCCCACUGCCAGCGCACACCCACGUCCUGUAUCCGCACGCCCACUUUCCGCCGUCGUCCACCCCGUCGUCUUGUCUUGGGCUUCGCUCUCUCUCAGCUCAGCGGGAUCGAUCCAUCGGUCCAUUCAUCCAUCCGUCAAUCAGGCCCUUUUGGCUCACGGUGCGCUUGCUGCUCACUCCACAAUCAAACUCACUCGCCAGAUCUUUGGUCCGUUUGCAAAUACGCCGGGAUAUGCGUGGGCGAGUGGGCACAUCUCGUCCACAGCCACAGUCCUCGUCGCUGAUAGACUCCAGUAUCGCGUCGCACCGCAUGGAUCAGCCUCGCUCCUGUCUGUCAGUUGUUGGCGAUGGGUGCUUUUCUGCUUCCUCCGUUACCCUCCGCCUCGUCCAGCCCGCCGCCUGUUCCCCUCCACUCCCGGCCGCCCCUCACCAUGCUCUGAUCGACCAGGUCACGUCUAAGUGCCGCAUCCUUCGAUGACGGCGCCGUGCUUGCAUUGCCACAUCCUGUACUUAAUUGCUUCCAGGUCUGUUCCCGUCACACGCCCACUCUGCCUUGCCUUGCCUGUCUGUCUGCCUGCCAGAUCUGGGGUUCCUGCAGAUCUCCUCGGAUCCUUCUGAUUCCCAUGGGAAAAAUAGAAACCCAUCGGCAGCCCUGUGACGUGACAAUCCAUCGCCUCGUCGGGUCGUUUCAGUUGUUCGGGCUUCGCCUUGUUGGUCUCGGUCUCGCGCCCCCGCGGCUUCGUCGCUUCGCG